AUGGCAGUCCAACGCUCCUUGAAGAACCCAAACCUUUGGAUUCACAAAAAUUUGAUCAAUGGAAACUGGGUGGACGCUGAAUCAAAGAAAUCAUUCCCAGUUCAAGACCCAGCGACGGAUGAGCUACUGGGCCAUGUCCCGGAAUCUAGUACUGAAGAUGUCAACAAAGCCAUCGCAGCAGCAGUGGGGGCGAUGCCUCAAUGGCGGAAUCUCACAGGACGUGAGCGAUCACAGGUCCUGCGACGCUGGUAUGAAUUGGUCAAGGAGAAUGCCGAUGACUUAGCAAAGUUGAUCAGCUGGGAAAACGGGAAAGCCCAGUCGGACGCUGCGGGUGAAGUUAUCUUUGCAGCAAGCUUUCUGGAAUGGUUCUCCGAGGAAGCAGCGAGAGUUUACGGCGACGUGAUCCCCCAUAGUGCACGCAAUUUCCGUGUGACUGUUGUGAAAGAGCCCGUUGGUGUUUGUGGACUGAUUACCCCGUGGAACUUUCCUGGUGCUAUGAUCGCCCGAAAGCUGGGACCAGCCCUAGCUGCCGGUUGCUCGGCGGUGAUCAAACCCGCAGGAGAAACUCCAUUUACUGCGAAUGCUCUAGCCUGGCUGGCGGAGAAGGCAGGCGUGCCUAAAGGUGUAAUAAAUAUCGUGCAUGCAGUAGAGAACACACCUCUGAUCGGCCAGAUAAUGUGCUCAUCUACCGCGAUUCGAAAAAUUUCGUUCACUGGGUCUACGAGAGUCGGUCGCAUCCUGAUGAAACAGUCAAGCGACACCAUCAAGAAGCUCAGUCUGGAGCUAGGAGGCAACGCUCCCGUUAUCGUGUUCGAUGAUGCCGAUCUCAAUAUCGCCGUUCAAGGGGUCAUUGCUUCUAAGUUCAAGGUCACUGGCCAGACUUGUGUAUGUGCGAACAGGAUUUUCGUGCACGAAUCUGUAUACGAUGAGUUUAUCCGUCGUCUCAGUGUUGCUGUUCGUGCAUUCAAAGUAGGAAAUGCUACAAACUCCGACGUUACACAUGGUCCUUUGAUCAACGCAACAGCUGCAUCUCGAGUCGCAGACAUUGUUGAAGAUGCAGUGAAUCGGGGAGCAAAGGUCAUCGUCGGGGGUAAAAAGAUUCCUUCUCUCGGAUCUGCCUUCUAUGAGCCAACCAUAUUGACUAAUAUCUCCAAUGACAUGCGAAUCGUCAAAGAAGAGAUCUUUGGACCAGUGGCAGCCCUCCAAUGUUUCACUUCGGAAGAGGAAGUUAUAGAACUUGCGAAUGACUGCGAGGUUGGUCUCGCUUCAUAUGUGUUUACCGAAAACCUGAACCGGGUCGCUCGUGUAUCCGAGACUUUGCACUCCGGAAUGGUUGCUGUGAACACAGGUGUUAUUUCUGUUGCAUCCGCACCGUUCGGUGGCGUGAAACAGUCUGGAAUUGGUCGUGAGGGUAGCAAAUAUGGUAUGGAAGAUUAUCUGGUGACGAAGACGGUUGUGACAGGAAAUAUUAACGUAACCCAUCGGGCGUCUAUUUGA